GGUGAACAUGGUUAUUGGCAUUCUGGUUUUUAACAAACUUGUAUCCAAAGAUGGAAUAACAGAUAAGAAACUGAAGGAACGGGCAGGUCUUUUGGUUUUAAUUGCAGUCAGAUGGCAGUGCCCCUUUACGGCAUGACGCUCAAAUGUUCCAAGUGUGGAGUAGUUUCUUCUGCUGAAGUUUCGGCCACAGCCACCAGUAACGCCAUGGCAUCCCUUUGGAGCUCCUGCGUGGUCCUACCUCUUCUGGCUCUCACCUGGAUGUCUGCAGUCCUGGCAAUCACAGAUCGGCGGUCAGCGCUCUUCCAAAUCCUUUUUGCUGUCUUUGACUCGUUGGAGGGCUUUGUCAUCGUUAUGGUCCAUUGCAUCCUACGGCGGGAGGUCCAGGAUGCGGUGAAGUGCCGAGUAGUAGAUCGUCAGGAAGAGGGCAAUGGAGACUCAGGGGGGUCAUUUCAGAACGGCCAUGCUCAGCUAAUGACCGAUUUCGAGAAGGACGUGGAUAUGGCUUGUAGAUCAGGUGAGCACAUCACAGUGCUGAAUAAAGACAUCACUGCCUGCAGGACCUCAACCAUCACAGGAACGCUGAAGCGUCCAUCACUGCCAGAUGAAGAGAAAUUGAAACUUAAUCACCAGAAGGGGUCAUCAAACUUUAACAGUCUUCCAGCCAAUGUCUCCAAGAUGCAUCUUCAGGGCUCACCACACUACCUGGGGGCCAUCAACCUGAAUGAAUUCAGCAAUCACACUCUCACUCUGAAGAAAGACAAGAACCAGCCACCUAAGUCCAUCUACAUCUGUGAUGGGGACAUCUUCAAGAAGUUGGACUCAGAACUCUCCCGGGCACAAGAGCAAACGCUGGACACCAGCUACGUCAUUCUGCCUACCAACACGUCUACCUUACGGGCCAAACCGCCCAAGGACGAGAGCAAAUACAGCAUCAAUAUUGACCAGAUGCCCCAGACACGGCUCAUCCACCUCAGUAUGGCUACUGACCCAGGCUUUGUUGUCAAGAGUCCUCCACGGGAGCCUGUAGCCAUGCCAUGCAGUGAGGUUCAAGGUUCCCCCAUGGUCCAACAACAGCAGCAGCUGGCUCCACAAAACAUCUCCAACGAAUCACAGAUUCCCAACAGCCUGUGUGACACAGGUGACUCAGGGAACUCGGGUGUGGUGUCCAAGAGCGAGACCGUCUCCACCCUCUCCAUGAGCUCCUUGGAGAGGCGGAAAUCCCGGUACGCAGAGCUAGAUUUUGAGAAAAUCAUGCACACAAGAAAACGUCACCAAGACAUGUUCCAAGACCUGAACAGAAAACUCCAGCACGCAGAGAAGGAGAAAGAGUCUUCAACAACGGACAGCAAGGUUUUAAAUCGAUGGAGUAUUUCUUCUGGUGGAAGCGAUAAAUCUAAUGUUAGCCAAGAAAAACAGCAGACACCAAACAAGAGACCCUGGGAAGGAAUCAGGAAAGUCCAGUCCCCACCAUCAUGGGUUAAAAAGGACAUCGAACCUGUGGCUCAGUCUCCCCUAGAACUAAAAACUGUAGAGUGGGAGAAAACAGGAGCCACCAUCCCCCUGGUGGGACAAGACAUUAUUGACCUUCAGACAGAGGUCUGAGCAGAAAGGGAAGAAAGGGACUUUUUUUUUUUUCUGAAAAACAAACAAAACAAACAAAACAAAACCACGUUUUAAAGAAAUGAUUAAAUUAAAUCGGAACCGAGCGAGACAAGUGUUUGGUUUCUUUUGAAACCUUUUGGUAAGACGGAGUAACUUUUGUAUUGUUCUCAGCAGAGAGGGGGAAUAUUACUUUAUAGAGUAUAGUAGCUGUAGGUUCAGGACAACACGAGCUUUCCCAGGUAGGACUGGAGAAGAAGUGAGCCUGGAAGAGAGCGAGGAGGAGGCAGAGGGUGGGGAGGGGCUGCAGGGGACGAGCCCUGCCCAGAUGCUUUUGGGCUGUUGCCACAUGCCGGGCGGUUGCCACAUGCCAGGAGCCUUCCUGCUCUGCCACGGGGAGGUGUGGAAGGACGCCCAGCAGCCACGGCGAAGGGCCAAGAAGAUGGGAGUUGUUUGCGGACCACAGGAGGGGGACACCUGUGAGAGCCUCGCUGGGAUGCCGUCCGGCGGUACAUCACUCAGCCACGAGGGUCUGUGGCAUUCCCUCGCCAAUCCUUGCCCCCCACCUCUCCCUCAGCAGCUCAUCGAAGAGGGAAGGAGAUGGGAUGCGCCAAGCAGCGGCUAAGAAGACAAUGCCCACUCCUACCUGCCACACCGUGACCUGGCAUCGGUGGCACCCCCGCCGCGGGUCCCCACGGAGCCCAAAGGGGGAAGUGGUGGCGUCACCCAUGGCUUAGGUGGAGAGGUAAGGCGGGGGGGCUUCCUUCUCUCGUCCCUCCGCAGUGGGGCCUCCGCGUGCCCUAAAGAGUGGGACAGGCGCAGGAGGAAAGGACCACCUCCCAAACCUGCUCGCCCCAUCUCCAGGGAGAGGGUCGAAGGUGUUAGAAAAACAGACCAACAAGAAGAAUGUGGGUCGUUUCAUUGACUGUUAAAUAGAUAAACUCAGCACGGGCCUUGCAAAGGUCCUCUUGGCCUCCCUUUUUUUUUUUUUUUUUUUCUGUUAUAUUUCCUUGCUUUUGGACUCAGAUUUAUUCCAAGCUGCCCCUCCCUGGAAGGCAGAGAGAGAAAGAGGGAAAGACAGAUCUGCCGACGUACCUGGAGAUAUUUGGUAUAUAGAGAUGUUGCCUUAGGACAUUGAGACAAACUGACAACAUGAAUAACGUCCACUUGGAAACAAACAAACACACAAACAAAAUAAUCUAUUUUUUUCCUUCUUCUUUUCUUUUCUUCAAUAAAAAGAGAACUUGAAACCCGAGACCUUUCUUUUCUUUGGCUCUUGUCAUUUCGAAUCUGUGCCGUAGGACUGCGCAGGCAUGGGGUGAGGAUGCCACCUGCUGAAGGUGGAAGGCAAGUUGCUCCAUGGAAAGUUUGGGAUGGUGGGAACACACAGCCCCGUCGCCGCUGGCUUGCAAUGUUUUGCUUUGUUUUAUUCCAUUUGGGCUUUGGUUAUUUUUUCCCCCUCGCUGGCUCUUCUCCUCCCUCCCCACUGCCCAGAGCCAGCAAGCAGGUUUGUGGUCCUACAAGAAGGAUGAGGUGGAGCUGAUCAGGAGAGCAGGACAUUCUUCAUCAUAAAAUACUGUCUUUCUGUUUCACCAUGAAAAAAAUAAUAACGAUUUCUUUUUUUUUUUUUCAUUAAACAUCUCCCAAGGAUAUUUACCAA